AUGACAUUUUUCUCUGAGUUGAUUCCAAAGAAAGAACUCCGAGAUCUUAUCGUAGUCUUCACCUCCGAUUUACAACUGAAAAUUCAAUACUCAGAAUCUGAUACUAAGGCAAUAUACACGAUUUCAAAUAUUACAGCCUUUUCUGUCUAUCUUGAGAAACUAUUGGUACAAGAGUUCAACCAAAUCCAUGUAAUUAUUCAGUUUCGGUCCUAUCAGCGCACACUUGAAAUAAUUAAUUUCUUGUACCGAUUGGAAUGCAACAGAGAUGCAAUCAAACAAACAUACCAGAACGAAUUCAAUGCCAAUUUGAACCUGCUCUCCAAAGCAAAUGAAACAGGAAGCCUCUUGGUUGGCUUGGGACCUGGCCAAUGUGAUCUACCAGUACAAUUCCGCUUCUCGAUUGUCCUUGACUCCUCAGUCUUGCUAGGGGAUCCUUUAUCUAAAAGAAGUAUUGCCCUACAACAGCAUUUAAGAUAUAUCGCUCUUAAACACGGCGGAUCGAUAUAUGUGGUAUCAAAUUUCAAGCAGGUUCUUCUGGCCCCUGCUGAUUUAGUUCUCACAAAAAGAGAACCACAACCUAUCUACGAACAAGAAGUGUCUGACUGUGACUCUUCCGAUCAAAUUGUUAUAAAUCAACAUAUCCCAAGAGCCUGGGACUCCUGGAACAAAAUUCUUCUUGUAUCUAAAUCGGCCAAUGCCGUUUCUGAAUUCUUAUUUCUGAAUGAAGAAGAUAUUGAACAAUUCGACAAGGAUUACACUAGUAGCUUUUCUGCUAAUUCAGUUGAUGCCACAUCCAAACUUUUCCGAUCACAAGAUUCAGUGAAGACAGACACAGAAAUCUCAAAGCCAGAAACCAAAUCUUAUUCAUUAUCUGAACUUCUCAGUGUAUGA